GCACUCCCAUUUGGUAAACCCUCACUUCACAAAAUUAGGGUUUUACAUUACAAUCCACCCUCUUCGUCCACAAACACGAUCUGCAAUCACUUUUCAGAAAUAUGAACACUCUUCUCUUCUUGAGAGCUUCUUCAAGAAGACUCACCAAUCUCGCUUCCAUCACCACCUGCAACUCACUCAACCACCUUCUCGUUCCAUCAUCUACACCUCCACCACCUGCAAUUCACCAACACUUUUCACUUAAACCUCAAACUUUCAACCAAAAUGUUAGGUUUUUGAGGAGUUUUCAUGGCUCUCCAUCUGCUGACAUUAGGCCUUCCGGUCUCUCAACACAGGCUGCAGGAUAUGCGGUUGCUACCGAUUCGUCGUAUGAUGACAGGGCUUCUGUUUCUGAUGGUCUUGAGAUCUCGAAGCUUGGGAUUAAUCAAGAGAUUGUUGAUGCUUUAGCCAAGAAGGGGAUAACGAAGCUGUUUCCAAUUCAGAGAGCUGUGCUAGAGCCAGCAAUGCAGGGGCGCGACAUGAUUGGUCGUGCUAGGACAGGAACAGGGAAGACUCUUGCUUUUGGCAUUCCCAUCAUGGAUAAGAUCAUUCAAUACAAUGAGAAAUAUGGAAGAGGGAGGAAUCCAUUAGCCAUUGUUAUGGCCCCUACCAGAGAGCUUGCUCGCCAAGUUGAAAAGGAGUUCUAUGAGUCUGCACCUAAUUUGGAUACUCUCUGUGUGUAUGGUGGUUCGCCCAUUCAGCGCCAGAUGAGUACUCUUGAUCGUGGUGUUGAUGUGAUUGUCGGCACCCCUGGACGUGUUAUUGAUCUGCUCAAAAGGGGUGCAUUGAAUCUGUCAGAAGUUAAGUUUGCAGUUUUAGAUGAAGCUGAUCAGAUGCUUAAUGUCGGUUUCGCUGAAGAUGUUGAAACGAUAUUAGAAUAUUUGCCAAAACAGCGUCAAACCAUGAUGUUUUCAGCAACUAUGCCAAGUUGGAUUGUUAAACUUACCCACAAGUACUUAAAGACACCUGCAACUAUUGAUCUUGUUGGUGAUUCAGACCAAAAAUUAGCUGAUGGGAUUACACUGUAUUCUAUUGCAUCAGAAAUGCGUGAGAGACCGUCAAUAAUUGGACCGCUAAUAACUGAGCAUGCAAACGGUGGGAAAUGUAUCGUUUUCACCCAAACGAAGCGUGAUGCUGAUCGGUUGGCAUAUGCAUUGCAAAGGAGCUUUAAAUGUGAAGCUUUGCAUGGAGACAUUUCACAAAAUCAAAGGGAGAGAACUCUUUCAGGAUUUAGAGAUGGGCGCUUUAAUGUUUUAGUAGCCACUGAUGUUGCUGCUCGUGGGCUUGAUGUUCCUAAUGUUGAUCUGGUGAUACAUUAUGAGCUACCUAACUCAUCAGAAAUAUUUGUUCAUCGGUCUGGGCGUACCGGUCGUGCCGGCAAGAAAGGAAAUGCAAUAUUAAUGUAUUCGUCUCAGCAAUGGAGAGAUGUCAAAGCAUACGAGCGUGAAGUGGGAUGCAAAUUUUCAGAUCUCUCUCCAAUCGCUGUUGAUGCUGGAUCCAGAAUUGAACUGGGCGGUGGGUCUGGUUUUGGAGGUAGAUUUGGUGAUUCAGGAUUUGGUGGUCGAAAUGGUGGGUUUGCUUCAUCUCGCGGUGGCGGUGGUGGUUUUGGUAGACCUAGUUAUGGGGGAUCAGGUGGUGGUGGGUUUGGACGUUCUAGCGGUUUUGGUGAAGAUUCGAGUCGGUCAAGCCGUAGAGGUGGAUUUGGGGAUUUUGGUUCAGACCGUUCUAGUGGUUUUGGUGAAGAUUCAAGUCGGUCUAGCCGUCGAAGUGGAUUUGGGGAUUUUGGUUCAGACCGUUCCAGUGGUUUUGGUCAAGGAGGCCGUUCGGGUGGAUCUGGCAGUCAGCGUUCAGGUCGGUCUGGUGGUGGUAGGUUUGGUGGUUUUGGAGAAGAUACUGAUUUUUAAAGGUGAAAAAGGAGGGGGAAGGUGUUUUGAGGCACGGUUUUGAAGCUGUAUGCAGACGAAGGGCCAAUGUUGAGGUGAACAAUCGCUUUGCGUUUCCAUUAUUACUUAUUCUAUAGUAAACAGAGGUAUGAGUUGUUUUUAAGCAUACGUCUAAUUAAAUGGAGGAGGAACCUGUAUGUAAAUUUGUUAUCAGGACGAACCCAAUCAUUCUGAUAUGGUUUCUGUAGGAUGUUGCAACGAAAGGUUUGCAGUUUUUAAAUUUGAUUCUGUUAGGUGCUAAUAAGUGUUUCUCUUAGAACCGCUUUGGUUUAUGGUUGAUACGGUUUCUAGUAUAAGAGACUUGAUUCUGGGAAUGGGUACCGUUAUAUACAUCUUUUCUGUCGGUGA